AUGAUCUUGAGAUUAGAAACAAUUUGUAUAAGCGUCAUUGAACCGAUUCAAGUGCUUAGAUUUCUAUUAGAGGGAGAACUUUUACAGCUUGAUGCUAGUGUUUUACCAGAGUGGAAUGAUAAAGAAUUGGAAAAAACAGUGUUAUUCCCCGAUCACACUGGCUCUGGAAAGACUACCACACUUGUUGUUACAGGAUAUUUUGCCAAAAAGAGUGGAUGUAUUGUAUUUCCUGUACAAGCAGAUAAGGCAUUAUUACAAAAGAUACCUUGUCAGAUUACUGGUUAUAAAAGCCUCUAUGAAAUCGCAAAUGCUGGAAUUAGCAAUAAAGAUAUGUCGAUUUCGAUUUUCAAAAAUUUCGUACAGGAAUUGCAGCAGGUAGUUCACGUCCCUGUCAUAUUUUUGAUUGAUCAAUGCGACGCAUUAGUAUUACCUCAUCAAUGUCAACUCAGAUCAAAUGCUGCACCAACCCAGAUACAACCAGAAGAAAACCCGAUCUGUAACAUUUUCAAAAACUGGGACACAUUCAAAGUCAAACGUGGUGCUGCCCUCUUUGCUUUCUCUUCAACUUUUCAUGCUAGUAGUAUAGCAGAUGACGGUAGUCUUAUGCUUAUGGACACCAUCAAUCUGUUGACAGAAAGUGACUGGUCUCGCCUUACAGAUAAGCUUAUGCAGGAAAGGUGUUUACCGACAUGGAUGACUAUAAGAUUUCAUGGUACUGAGAUAUCUAUUAGAAAAAUAUAUAUGAACCUUGCAGUUGAAUACUACAUGAUUAGAAUACAAAGACUAUUGGAUCCUCAGCGGUUUGGAAAAGCAGUGAAUGAUAGCAGCAUCUUUGCUGCUAAACUUUUCAUGGGUUUAGAAAUGUGA